AUGGCGAUCAGAGCAAUGGCGAUCAGGUCGCUCUUGCUCGCUAUCGCUGCCCUCGUGGCCCGCGUGGCCGGGCAGGACGUCAAGUGCGACGUGCCGCUCGAGCUUGUCCUCCUUAUCGAUACGAGUGGCAGCGCGAGCGACACUUACUGCCUCACCGAAAAGAUGUUCUACGACAGCGCGUCGCUUUGCACAAGCGGGUGCACAGCGGGCUCUGGCGGCGAGAAGUGCGGCCCGGGAGGCGCCGCCAUCCGCAACUUCGUCCAGAUUCUCAAGGGCCUCUUCGAAAUCUCCGAGUCUGCCGUCCGCGUGAGCGUCAUCCAGUUUCCUUCACCGUCAACUGCACAGCAGAGCCCGUACCCGCCCAUCGAACGCGUGCCGCUGACGGGCAAUGCGGCUACGCUCUCUGCAGCGAUAGAUCAGAUCUCCGAUCCACAGGGCGGGACCAACAUCGGCGCCGCGCUCACGAUGGCACGCACCGACGCCUUCAUCUCCGCCCGGCAAGACGUCCCACAGGCGGUGAUGCUGAUUGCCGACGGAGAGCAGUCGGCGGGCCUCUCUCCAAGUCCCAAGGACGCGGCCGAUGCCCUCAAGCGGGAAGGCGUCCAGGUCGCCAGCGUGCCUGCGGGUGCCUUUGAGGCGCAGGAGCUGGAUGCGGUGCAGACGUACCUCCAAGACAACUUUUGCCGCCUCUACAAGAGGCAGAUCGAGGGCGGCAUCCUCGAAGAGUUGAGCUCGCUGACCACGCCGCCGACGCGGCUCGCAAACGGCACCAACGCCGUCUUCCGCUCGAUCACCGCCGGAUCCGUCCUCGUGCAGAUCGACGCAACAGGCUGUGACAGCGCCUUCGUAGCCUUUGAGGGCUCUCUCGCGCGCGACGUGGGCUACGACGGCGUCUACGUAGCCUUCGACAGGGGCUUCUACGACACGAUCGAGAACGGCAUCAAGCACAACCCGAAGAAGAUGUACGACCCUGUCGGCUCCCAGCCGGCAGCCUACGGGGGCUUCUACAACACGAUCGAGAACGGCAUCAAGCACAACCCGAAGAAGAUGUACGACCCUGUCGGCUCCCAGCCGGAGGCAAAGGCAUGCGGCGGCCUCUCUUCCCAGACGGGCGGCGGGGCGUGGUGCAACGAGCGCAAGCUGAAGGAGAACGAGCGCAAGCUGCAGGAGAUCGACCCGGCGGUCCUGAGGCGGAAGGUGUGCUCGCUCGCUGGCACCGUUUCGGCUAUCGCCGGGCCGGGCUCGCCGUUGUACUCCAAGGGCUUUCGCGGGGGACCCCAGCGCCGGCAUCAUCCGUAG